AUGGCGACCUCUCCAAACAACUCUUCACAGAAUCUAUCAUCACCAACAUCCACGAGGACAUCCACCCAGACCAUUUCUCAUGCCACGUCCAGCGCAGUCUUUGUCGUCAAUGCUUUGGAAAAGAUCGCCAACACCAAGGAGGGAAGGAAGAACAAGUCUCUCAAGGAAGUGGUCCAAAGCACACAAACCAUGUUGAAGACUGGCGGCGACCCUCCCGAAGGUCAGACUCGGUCCACCGCUAUCUUAUCAGCAUUGCAGACGGCUAUUGAUACUCGAUCAGCCAAUUUGAUGACGAUUGCUCUCGAUUGUCUUGGCAAAUUCAUCACAUACAACUACCUGGCGGAUAUUGAAGAUGAAGCUACGCAAUCGCAAGUGAUGGAGCGUGUGGUGGAUAGUAUAUGCGAUUGUUUCAUUGGCGAAGAUACGGAUGAAAAAGUACAAUUACAAAUCAUCAAGACAUUGCUCGAUGCCGUUUAUGCUACAAACAAUCCCGUACAUCAGUCAUCGCUACUCAAAGCCGUUCGAACAACGUACAACAUCUUCUUGUUAUCACGCAACAGCGCCAACCAGAACAUUGCACAAGUGACUUUGACUCAAAUGGUCGACCACAUCUUUCGUCGUAUCAAGGUCAACCCGACUGCUCCAAGUGUGACAUCCAUCAAUGAAAUGUCACCAACAGAGGAGAAACAUCAACCAUCCAAGACUCAGGAAGAAUCAGCUAAUGAGCACGAGCCACAUGACACGUCAUUUCAGGAGCAGAUCAUUGUUGAAGCCAAUAUUGCACGAAGUGAGAUGGAUCGCAAGUUGCCAGCAGGGAAAGCAAGUGAUAAUUCAGAGUUCUUGAACGACACAGCCAACGUAUUUCAAGAUGAAGAAGUCAGCACCCAUGGCAAUAGCACCUCCAACCUUCCUUCUGAAGCCGCCAAGCAUGAUGAUGUCUCUACUACUCAAUCUGAGCCUGAUCACACUUCCCAAGCUGAGGAAACAUUGGCUGAGGAAAAGAAGCUUGAUACAACCGAAAAAGAAUCUGAUGAUGGUGAUGUUAGCCGUGGAUCCUUCGAGAAUGACACCAUAUCAACCAUGGAGACCGAAAGCGACUUGUAUAUCAAGGAUGCCAUUCUUGUUUUUCGAGCGCUGUGCAAAUUGUCAAAGAAACCCAUCUCAUCCGAAUGGGGAAAUGAUAUGCGAUCCUAUUCAAUGCGCUCUAAGCUAUUGUCGCUGCAUCUCAUCUUGACUAUCCUCACAUCACACAUGAACGUUUUCACAUCACCAUCUGUGACAUUUACAACUACGCUUCAGGAUGGAAGCACCGCUGCUCACCGAGUGAACCCAUUCAUUCAAGAAAUCAAGCAAUACCUUUGCCCAAGUCUUGGUCGAAAUGCAUUCUCAGUGGUCCCACAGGUGUUUGAUAUUACAUUGGAGAUAUUAUCCAAGGUGGUGCAGGGAUUGAGAGUCUACCUCAAGAAAGAGAUCGAGGUGUUCUUCCGAGAGAUAUUUUUGCGUAUCUUGGAAAUGCGAACGGCAUCAUAUCAACAAAAGCAUUCGUUACUCAAGGUCUUAUUGCGGAUAUGUAACGAUCCUCAGACGUUGGUGGAUAUCUACUUGAACUACGAUUGUGAUGGUGCAUCCUUGGAUAAUAUAUACGAGAGGAUGGUGAACGUGCUUUCAAAGAUCACAACGCAACACAACGCCCCCAACAACGCAAAGGAUCAUGAUACACACGCUUCCUCCACUAUAUCGUCACCGGCACAAGGCAAAAAAUCAAAGAAUGUGAUGAUCCCACCACCCCUUACGACCGAUACAGUGCAACAUAAUGAGAAGCAAGUCAGCGCCAACAGCCAUUUAUCUGAAUCAGCGAUUCGUUUUCGUUCUUUGGAAUGUUUGGUGGCCGUGCUGCAAUCACUUGUUAGCUGGUACGCAAAUGGAUCCGUUAGUGUGACGGCAGGCUCUCGUUCUGAGGAUGACCAAAGUUCGGGAACAACACCACGUGAGAGUGAAGAUACCAAUGGUGGUAAUCGCAUCACCAAUCACAGCAAUGCUUCGGGUGCUCGACUAUCACCAGGAAUCAGCGGCAAUAACAAUAGCAGCAGUAACAUAUCGACACCACCAUUGGAUGAUCCAGAGCAAUUUGAAAACCUCAAGCAUCGGAAGCAAAUCUUGCAAGAAGGCAUAAGACAAUUCAAUUGGAAGCCAAAGAAGGGUAUUCAGCUACUUGCAAGCAACGGCUUUGUGGAUAUCAAUGAUCAUCAAAAUGUGGCACGAUUCUUGUUGAAUACUGAAGGCCUAAGCAAAAUGCAGAUUGGAGAAUUUCUUGGUGAAGGUGAUCCUGAGAAUAUUGCUAUCAUGCAUGCCUUUGUCGACGAGCUGGAAUUUACAAGCAUGAACUUUGUGGAUGCAUUGCGUCACUUGUUACAAACGUUCCGCCUCCCCGGUGAAGGACAAAAGAUCGAUCGAUUCAUGCUCAAGUUUGCAGAACGCUAUGUUCAUUUCAAUCCAACUGUAUUCGCCAAUGCAGAAACGGCAUACGUGCUCGCCUAUUCGGUCAUCAUGUUGAAUACCGAUCAGCAUAAUCCACACAACAAGCGACCAAUGACAUUGAAUGAUUUCAUCAAGAAUAAUCGUGGCAUUGAUGAUGGCUCUGAUAUCCCGGAUGAUUUGCUUGAAGCCAUUUAUGACGAGAUCCGCAAUAACGAGAUCAAGCUUAAGGAUGAAGUGGAAGCUGCGAAUGAUGCUGCACUUUUUGCUGUAUCACCAGGUGGAGCACUCAACAUUAUGGGUAUUCAAAAUGCGUUGGUCAGCGCUGGUAUUGCACGUGAUGUUCGACGAGAAGCAUAUCAAGCUGCUACUGAAGAAAUGGGUUCCAAGACCGAAGCCAUGUUCCGCAGCAUGCUAGCAAGCCGACGUCGUGCUGGCGAGAAUGACACCAUCACAUUUUACAGCGCAUCUCAUAUUGAACACGUACGACCCAUGUUCGAAGUUGCAUGGAUGGCAUUCUUGGCAGGUGUUUCGGGUCCUUUGCAAGAAUCGGAUGAUCUUGAGACGGUUCAAUUGUGUCUUGGCGGCUUCAAGAAUGCUAUUCGUAUCAUUUGUCUUUUCCACACCGUUCAGUCUGAGGAUGUUGAUUUGCAACGCGAUGCCUUUGUUACGACUCUCACCAAGUUUACAUUCUUGACCAAUUUGAAUGAGAUGAAAACCAAAAAUGUUGAAGCCAUUCGUACAUUGUUGGAGAUCGCAGCCGUGGAUGGCAAUUAUCUCAAGGGCAGCUGGAAGGAAAUCUUGUCAACCGUGAGCCAACUUGAACGCUUCCAAUUAAUCACGAGCGGCGUCGAUCAAGGUGCUCUACCUGAUUUCACAACCAAACGACAACCCCAAUCCGCCAAUAAGAGCUCCGUCGACUUGUCUCGAAGAUCAUCCUCCUUUGCUCGUAGAGCCCAACGCACCAAUACACAGCUUUCCCUUACAGAAGAGGUUGCAUCGGCUGGUAGUUCACAAGCACUCGUGUUGGCAGCUGAUAAGCUUUUUACUGCCACUGUCAAUUUGAAUGGCAAUGCCAUUGUUGACUUUGUGCGGGCUUUGUGUGAAAUCUCUUGGGAAGAAAUUGUCUCGUCAGCACACUUGGAACAUCCUCGAAUGUAUAGCUUACAAAAGCUUGUCGAGAUUUCGUACUACAACAUGAAUCGUAUUCGUAUGGAAUGGUCCAACAUCUGGGCAGUGCUUGGUGAAUACUUUAAUAAGGUCGCUUGUCAAUCAAACUUCAAUGUUGCGUUCUUUGCACUGGAUUCAUUACGCCAAUUGUCGAUGCAGUUUUUGGAGAAGGAAGAAUUGCCACAUUUCAAGUUCCAGAAAGAUUUCUUGAUGCCGUUCCGUGAAGUACUUGCCAACAAUCCAGAUGUUGCGAUCAAGGAUAUGGUGCUUCGAUGCUUGUCUCAAAUGAUCCUUGCAAAAGCACAAAACAUUCGAUCAGGUUGGAAGACAAUGCUUUCUGUAUUUGCUACUGGUGCACGUGAAACAUCAGAAUCAAUUGUCCAAAUGACGUUUGAUAUUGUCCGAAGCGUCACAACCGAACGAUUCCACGAUAUUGUUGCAAAUGGCACCUUCCCCGAUUAUAUCUCAUGUCUCGUUGAAUUCGCCAAGAACAAGAAAUUCCAGAAAAUUAGUUUACCCGCCUUGGAUAUGAUCAAGGAUACGAUACCACGGAUGCUCGAGAUUGCUGAUAAGAACAAGACGAUCGAGAUCACCGAUGCUCAUGUAUCAGGACCACAAACGGUGCAAUCAGGCGAUGAUUUCCUCGUCAAAUUCUGGUUUGCAGUUCUUUUUGGCUUCCGUGAAGUGACCAUGAAGAGCGAUGAUGUCGAAGUGCGGAAAAGAUCAUUGCAUUACUUGUUCGACACGCUCAAGCACCAUGGAUCCAAGUACCCUGCGGAGUUUUGGACAACCAUCACACGCCAAAUUGUCUUCCCUCUCUUUGAUGACCUCAAGCCCAACUCUGAUCAUCAUCGUCAUAUGACACCGGAGGAUCUCAGCGUUUGGGUCUCGACAACAAUGAUUGAAGCUCUUCGAAACGUGGUCGAUUUGUACACUUACUACUUUGACAACAUGAAGGGCAUGAUGCGUCAUGUUCUCGGUCUCUUUAGCGUGUGUAUUACACAAGAAAACGACACGCUUGCUCGUAUUGGUUGUGAAUGCCUGGAGCAGUACAUUGAAGCCAACGUGGACAAAUUUGAUGGAGAGUGCUGGAAUUUGAUUAGCGAGACAUUCGUAUCCUUGUUUGAGAAAACAACUGCAUAUGGCUUAUUUGAAGACACACAAGAUCUUGUGGAAAAGGUGAAAGCAAGCAAUGACGGUGCCGGCGCCGGAUUCGAUAUGCAAAGCCCUGAUAGUGCUGUGGCAGAAGUCAGCGAAGAGAGACAACGUGGUUUCCAACAAGUGAUUGUCAAGUGUGUUUUGCAAUUGAUGCUUAUUCAAACCGUCAAUGAGCUCUUGAGCAAGGACUCGGUGUAUUGUGCAUAUCCUGCGGGUCAUUUAAUGCAAUUGAUGGAGUGUUUGGGCAAGUCCUUCCAUUUCGCCAAGGAAUUCAAUGCGGAUAGCGACCUGCGUAUGGCUUUAUGGCGAUUUGGUUUCAUGAAGCAAUUGCCCAAUUUACUCAAGCAAGAAACAUCCAGCGGUGGCUGUUAUGUAUCGGUGCUCAUGCGUAUGUACGCAAAUCUCGAAAACAUCAAUGAUCGUGAUGAGUGUCGCGAGCAGGUGGAGCGGAUAUUGAUCCCAUUGUGUAACGAAAUAUUCACGUUGUAUACUGAGUUGGACCACGAGACGAAGCCGAAGAACAUUGCUGCAUGGACGCCUGUUGUUAUUUCAAUCCUGAAUGGAUUGGCUCAGCUUCAAGAUGAAGAUUUCUUAAAACACCUGCCACAAUUUUAUCUCGCCUCGGUUGAGCUCCUUGGGCAAGAACACAUGCUUCCGGAAAUCAGAAUGGCGCUGCGUACAUUGCUUAUCCGAGUUGGUAAAGCAUACAAGAUUACCCAGCAAUAG